AUGUCUAACAACGGAAGCGGUCGCGGAUUUCUUUUCUCACGAGGAGGUCGUGGCGGUGGACGCGGAGGCGGCCUACUUGGGUCAGCCGUUCGUGGUGUAGCUGGCGGCAUUGGACUGGUCUCAGAAAGCGUUAGUUCCUACAAGGACAAGAGAAACGCGGAGAAGAAUGCGCCGCCAGCACAACCGGCACAUCAAUCACAAGGAAGCAGUAGCAACGAUGCUCCCGUCAGUCAAUCACAGCAGAAUACCUACCAACUACCUAGCCAAAAAAGCGAUGCGACAGAGAGACAAUGGGAACUCGACGAUACCCAGACCGAGCUUCUCUCCAACCCAAAUGGCGAGUCUUCGUCGUCAUCACAGACUACACAAAAUGACACCGAUCUUGCUACCACUUUCAUCAGAGAGCAUGGCUUGACAAACCCACCAACUGGACAGCGACUCGAAAUGCCCGUUAUUCUUGCCCAAAGACGACCCAAGAAUCGCUCCCGUGGAUUCGUGCGUGGAUAUGCUCCUAUCCUUGAGGACGUAGGCAUUGACCAAGAAACAUGGCUUGACUUCCUCGACAAAUUUGAUGCGGCAUCAAUGGCUUCCCCAUGGAUUCAAGUACUCAAUUUUGCAGAAAUUGGUGGACUCUUUGUACCUUUCGCACCAAGCAUUGCUAUCAGCGCAGCCGUGUAUUUGACCAUCGAGAUCACCAAGGACAUGCAUAGCCGACAGAACACAAACAAGUUUCUAGGAAAACUCAACGAGGAAUACUUUUAUCCUAGAGGCCUCUGCUGCCUUAUCAUGACCUGGAGAGAGGAUACCGGGAGAGCCCAUGAGAUGAUUGAUCUAAAUAAGACCAUUGCCUCUUCUAUGAGUUCGGAAGACUCUGGAAUAACAGACAAGUUUAGUAGAUCUAGUGGAAAGACUUACGGAGACUUUUCCCUGCCCGAGGCUGCACCUCUUAUCUUUCCUACGCUGGAUGUUCUUGAUGCUGCUGAUACCGAGGAGUCCAAGGGAUUCAAGAAGAGUAUGGCUGCGAAGAAAAAUUUUGUUGCAGAGUAUUACGAUAAAAGAGCACAAGCUGAGUUUGCGCACAAGAACACAGACAAUGUUCUAGCCAAUCAGGGAGAACGACCAGAGUUCACUUCUCGAUACGCUGACCCCUCUCACCCUGCCAACAGCGGUUCUAUCCUUUCAUUGCUUACUGGAGGAAAUGUAAACCCCAAUAAGUCACGUUCAAGCCGGGGCGGAAUGUCUUCCGGAGGUAGAGGUGGCAGAGGAGGAAGAGGAGGGAUCACCGGAAGACUGACUGGUAAGUCUGGACCUGUGUUCCAAUACUCGGCUGGCGAUGCAAUGAAGAAAUUGCUUUUGAGCAAGGACGUCUUGUAUAUGAUGGUUGUCAACAUGCCUACGGAGCAAGAGCUGAAUGAGGCCAAGGCUGCAUUGGGCCGGGAGUGA